GAGCAACUGCCGAAAAAACACGCCCGGUAUAGGCCUCGUCGUAACUGGUUGGCCCCAUCUUGCCUUUUCAUCUCUGGACAUUCUUCCACAAUGCUUGCCUCUACACUUCGUGCUGUAAGGGGCUCGAGCAUCGCUCAGCUCCGUGCGGCCCAACCUCGUGUGAGCCAACUUCAACAUGCCCAAAAGCGUAACCUUUCCAUCCACGAGCACCUUUCCAUGGGCCUCUUGCAACAAUAUGGCGUACAAGUUCCACGUGGUGCUGUCGCCAAAACCCCAAAGGAAGCGGAGAAAAUCGCUCAGGACCUUGGCACUGAGGACUUUGUCAUCAAAGCUCAGGUCUUAGCUGGAGGACGUGGAAAGGGUCAUUUUGACUCGGGAUUGAAGGGCGGUGUGCGGCUAGUUUACUCCCCCACAGAAGUGAAAAUGUUUGCAGAAAAGAUGCUUGGCCACAACCUCAUCACAAAGCAGACUGGAGCAGCUGGUCGUCAGUGUAACGCUGUCUAUGUUGUCGAGCGACUGUACGUCCGUCGCGAAUACUACUUCGCCAUCAUCCAAGACCGUGCUACCCAAGGCCCCGUCAUUGUGGCGUCGUCUCAAGGUGGUAUGGACAUUGAGACGGUCGCCGCCGAAACUCCCGAAGCCCUCGUAACGCACCCGGUCGAUAUCAACACUGGUUUGAAGCGGGAAGAUGCCAUAAACGUUGCCAAGAAACUCGGAUUUACUGGCAACACCCUGGAACAGGCCGCUGACACCUUCGAACGAUUGUACAAGCUCUUCAUCGAAAAAGAUGCCACUAUGAUCGAGAUCAACCCAUUGGCUGAGGUCCAUAUUGAGGACGGGGAGAGCAAGGUCAUGUGUAUGGAUGCAAAAUUCGGGUUCGAUGACAAUGCCGAGUUCCGCCAAAAGGACAUCUUCGCCCUUCGCGAUACGACGCAGGAGGAUCCCCGUGAGGUUGCUGCUGCCAAGUGGAACCUGAACUAUAUUGGUCUUGAUGGAAGCAUUGGGUGUUUGGUUAACGGCGCUGGGUUGGCCAUGGCAACAAUGGACAUCAUUAAACUCCACGGAGGAGAGCCAGCCAACUUCCUGGAUGUCGGCGGUGGUGCGCAGGCGGACCAGGUCACAGAAGCUUUUAAGAUCAUUAGCUCUGAUCCACGGGUCUCUGCUAUUCUUGUCAACAUUUUUGGUGGUAUCAUGCGCUGCGACAUCAUUGCGCAGGGUAUCAUUUCAGCGGUGAACCAACUCGGUCUGAACCUCCCUCUCAUUGUCCGUCUGCAAGGAACUGAGGUGGAAGCUGCAAAGAAGUUAAUUAAAGAGAGUGGUUUAAGAAUGUUCUCUGUUGACGACUUGGAUAUUGCGGCCAGCAAGGCCGUACAAAUGAGUAACAUUGUGGGCAUGGCUAGGAAAGCUGGGGUGCAGGUGAAGUUUGAGCUGCCAAUUUAAAAUAGUCAGAGGAGCUAGGUGGUAUAGAAACAUGGGCGGAAUAGAGCGUGCGCCCGGUGGUUUGUGUUUAUGUGUUGCAUGAUAUUUUGUCAUCUCAUACCGAUAGUGAAAAUGGAAGUGGAUGCGAAUUAACGUCCUUUUCCAGAAUGCAAGCUGUUCUGCUUAAAAUCAAGCUUUGAUCCAAA